AUGCCACUCACGGCGGGUGCUCUCGCUGCCCACGACGCUAGAGCUGCCGAUGGUGGAGGUGGCGCUGGUGGGAUCUUCGGGAGCCCCGUCGCCAAGGGCGCGGCCCGCGUGUGCGUCGGCUGCGACAGCGAGGUGACCUUUGGCAAGGCCGCGGGCGGCGAUGAAGGCCCGUUGUGCAGCCCAUGUGUCACCGCAGUGGAGCGCAUGCAGAUCUUCCGCAGCGCCGAUGCGGCUGCGAAGGCCUUCUCGGAGAGCAGCGCGCUGAAAGCCGAGUGGCUGGCGACUCGGGACCUCCCGAGCUCUCAGACGGCACCCAACCAGUCGGUCAGCACGGAGAUGGACGCAACGACGACCAUCUACGUUGACGCAUUGUGCUUGAAUGCGGCCGAGCUGGCGUUCUUGAGCAAGCGCCGCGUCAACUCCUUCAACGUGGCUCCGUUCAAGGGCUGGACGGUUAAUGGCAGCCCCGAGGAUUGCUACGCGGUGAUCGACGACAUGGAUCCAGUUGCCACCGCUGGCUACAGACGCGUGCGGGUGGCCCUGGGCACCAGCACCAACCUUCGGAUCGACCACCUCGUCGCGAACGGCACGCAGUUGCCGUCCCAGGGGUUCCUGUCCUUCCAGGCGUGGAACCAAGAGCGGUGCCAGGGCAUGGAUCAGGGCAACCUCUUGGGGUCGGGCAUCAAGGCGACGCAGUUGAAGGGCAAGCAGGACGGGCUGAGGAAGAGGCGGUCCCUCGACGCGUACGACGAGUCCGAGUUCACCAGGAAGGUCACCCAGAGAGUCUCCAAUCCAGACGGCGACGAUGACGGAUCCGGCUUCCUCCCCGACAGCAUCAGCCAAGUAGCGGGCACCGUUGUUGGCGCCGCGAAGAGGCAUAAGAAAGGUGAGUCUCGGGGAUCGGCAUCGGUCGUCGAUGCAUCAGGCGGCAACCCAGUGUCGGCCAAGGUCUUCGGGGCCAUCAGCCGCGUGGUCGGGAAGUUCAGGUUCAUGGGCGUGGCGUCGUCGGCGGGACCAACUGCUCAGUCGCCGCGUGACAGCCGCACCCCCCAGGACUGCAAGACAGCGGUGUCGGGCGGUCAGGGCCAGGGGCACCGCGCCGCAGACGACAGCGCCUCGGCCGCGGCUACCGCGAAGCUGUACUCGGAGUGCCCAGUGGACAACAAGGACAAGUGCUACUACUGGAUCCAGCAGAACGACAUCCCCGCCAUACUCUCGGGCAAGAAGAUGGGCAAAGCUCAGAUCGAGGGGAACGCGUUGUUGGGUAGGCUCAGCGGUGUCCGCGAGUGCGCGGGUGUAAGGAGUGUCCUGAAGACGCACAUGGAGUUGGUGGAUGUCGCCUACAAGGUGCGGCACACGGCGGCGGACCAGCUCGACGAGUCGGAGGAGUUGGCAUUGCACGCGAAGCUCAAGAAAGCUGACGUGAAGUACCCUUGGGAGCAGAUCUCCUACAUGGUCCUACGCGGCUUGCGCAAGGAUGUCAAGGCCUUCGAGGCGUCCUUCGAUAACAUAUCAGAUGAGGCGAUUGUGAAGUUCAUCGACAAAGCGACGUGCUUCAACAUUGGUGGCGAUGCCCUCGCCACGGACUUCGACCCCCUGGCACCCUCGCUCAACAACGGGUCGUCCACGGCCGCUCAGAAGUAUAGUCUUUUCGCUGAUUUCGUCGUGCAAGAGGUCCUGUGCCAGUGGAUCUCCAACGACAAGGAGUCGGCCCACGCGGUGGUUCGGCUGGCCCAGGCAAUCUUCACCAAGAUCAACGCUGAGCUCCGCGACGCGUCUUGCCCCAAGGACCUCGAGGCCGAGUCCCUGGCGGUCCGCCACAUCAUGAAGGUGAUAUUGGCGCUGAGCUCCUCGUCAGACGACUUGGCGACGCUGCCCGAGAAGAUGUCUUGCAUCAACCAUGCCGUGUCGACGGCUUCGGGGUCGCCUGAGAGCAUCGGCGCGAUGAUCUGGAGUGCGCUCCAGGGGGCGAACUACCACGCGCAAGCAAUCGGGCAGAUUCAAACGGCCAUGCGCGCAUGGGAGAAGCACGGCGCGUCUGUCAAGGCGCAGUCGGACUGGCUGGAGAGCAUGACUGACGAGGACGAGCCUCUUAGCAAGGAGGCGUUCGACGCGGAGAACUUCAUGGGCACGAUGGCGCACCUCGAGCAGGUAUUCAAGGAUUUGCUCGUCUGGCACUCGAGUACGUUCAGGCCCAACUCGCUGGACUGCGUGGACAACAUGGCCAGGCAGGUGCUCAGCGGUGCAUACAAUCACGUUACUGGCAAUGGCAAGGGCAAAGCCACUGCUGAUACAUCUCAGGAGCGGCUCAACGCAGUGCUUACCGUCGCGCAGUUGGCCAAGAAACUGUUCCCCAUGGACGAUGACAUCCACGGCAUGGAGACCACGCUGCGCAAGAAGGUAUCCACCCAGACGGAGGUGGCGAAGGUCACCUCGCUGAAGUCUGCCAUGAGGGACACCAUGGAACGUAUUAGUUGCGACGGGGAGGUGCCAGCUCCGAUUCGCAGCAAGCUGCUGGAGUCUAUUAAAGGUGUUGGCAAAGUUGCUUCAAACGCCGACGCGGAGGCCGAGCUCAACGUUGUGUUCUGGCGCUGGUCUUCGUUGGUGUUCGAGGACAGGUCGACGAAUGGCACCAAGUUCGAGAAUGACGAAGCCGCGCUGAUGCAGGUCGCUUCCGCUCUGGCGCCUGCGAACGCCAAGACGGCGAAGAAGGCAGUGCAGUACCUGGCCGAGGCGCGCCAGCUACAUGUGGCGCACACCGCCCUCAUUGGCAUGGGGGAGGUGGCGGAUGUAAUUGCCGCGGACACUGCCGCCGCCCCGUGGGUCCAGGACGGCCUGAGCAGGGUCAUGGCGCUCGUGGAGAUCAGGGCGUCGCUCGCGGAGACGGCGAAGCAGAAGUGGGCUUGCUGGGACACGGCGACUGAGCUGCUCGACCAGCGCGCCGCCUUCAUGAAGGACGUGGCCGCCGCGAUCGGCGUCGUGGCGAAGGUGCCGCUCGACGCGGCCUACAAGAAGCUGGUCGAGCGCAACGGCGGCGCCGAGGGCGGCAAGAAGUGGACUGGCAAUUUCAAGGGGAAGACGUGGAAGCAGCUCGUGAAGCACGGCACCGCCACGCUGCUGAGCGACAGCAUGGACAUCGAUGCGAUCCUGCAGCUGGCGGCCGACGUCGAGACGGAGUACGAGCACUACGCUGCCAAGUGCGAGGCGGUCAGCCUCCCCGAGAUCGACGCCACGACGAAGAAGCACUACGCUGUCGAGGUCGACAAGGGCCGCAGCAUCGGCCACAUCGCCGCGGCGAUCAAAGUGUUGGACACGACUGGCGACGGCGACCAGCUCUACUCUUCCAUCCGGAAGAUCGACGUCAAGCUCAAGGGGGCGCUGAAGGUGCUCAAGCCGAUCGACGUGCUGCCCGCGCUGCUGCACAAGAAGUUCGACCAAGUCCUCGGAUGA